GAGAGUUUACAGGAAACACACUUGUUAUGUAGCAACCAUAAUAAGUAUAAACCUGAGCGAUUUUCCAAGGCUAACAAAAGCUGAUAAACCAGUUCUAUAAUAGCUGAUUACGUGACUUCCAUGGAAUAAUAAAAACCGAGAUCCAGUGGCAGUGCAGUGUCGUAUGCGUGUUUGUGUCAUUUCGAUUAGACAAGCGAAACAGUACGUGUGCUCGGUUCUAAUUUUCUCUGACCAGAGCUCGGUGCGAUAGUUUUUUGAACAUCAGUCAAAUUUGUAAAAUACAUAAUAUCUUCCACAGCUGAAAUGGCUCUCCUACCACCGGACGAACACCACCAAAAGGCUAUUCAACAGCUGUACUUCUAUAAAGAUCCUAUGAAAUCUGAAGAAGAUGUCGACGCUUUGAUCGAAUGGUUGUCCAAACAACCACAUCUACCCAGUAUUACAGAUCGAGUAUGGCUGAAACACUUUCUUAUUGGUCGCAAAAAUAAUUUACAAAGGACAAAAAAAGUUAUUGAAUCAUAUUUUACAAUUCGUGUAGAGGUUCCGGAACUUUUUGACAACAUGACAAGCGAUGCCGAAUGGAUCAAAGCAGCAAUUAAAGUCGGAAAAAUGUGUGUAUUGCCAAAAAUGACACCUGAAGCUAAUCGAGUACACGUUAUUCGAUCUAUUGAAAACAAUGAUGGACACUUUAGUGCAUUGAACAUGUGUAAAGGAUCAUUCAAAAUAAUUGAUUAUAUAAUGCGCAGAGAGCCCAUUUACGGAUUAAUUUUUUUGCUCGAUCUCAAACACUGUCCGCUGUCCUAUUUAUUAAACUUCACACCAUCAUUAACUAAAAAUCUAAUGCGAUGCAUAGACGAGGCUACACCAAUAAGAGUAAGAGGUGUCCAUUAUGUGAAUCCACCAAAGUUCGUAGCUCGUUUGGUGAACUUUUUUAAAUUGUUCAUGCCGAUUAAAAUUCAAAACAGGAUUGUUGUUCACGAAACAUACGAUUCGCUUUACGAGUACAUUCCUAAAGAUGUGUUACCAGAGGAGUACGGUGGCACCGCGGGAAGCAUCGAGAAAUUUGAAGCUAACAUGAUCGAAAUGUCGAAAGAGGAUGAUGAAUGGUACAGAAACAUGCCGAAAGCUGAUUUGUCCAAGCGACCUAUGCAAGCAAGAACCAUAGAUAUGGAUAUGAACGGUACAUUUAAGAAAUUGGAAAUCGAUUGAUAGUCAUACUAGCAUUUUUAUCACUCGUUCUCCAUAUAAACACGGCAUACUCAUCUUUACCAGGAAUAAACACGGGAUUCGAUUUGAGAUGUCGAUGAUUAAUAAACUUUCUGAUAUAUUUAUUAAGUAAAAUGCAAUUCAUUAUAUUCAUUGAAAACGAUAGGUAUUUUUGAUUAACUUAAACAUAAAUAUAGUCGAUUUGUCGAUAUAAUUUAAUUAAUUUAUUAAAUUAAAUAUGAUUGGUAUAAUAAUACUAAACGUUAUGAUACUAUUUAGAUUAUGUUACAAAUAAUUAAACUUUGUAAACGAAAAUUAUAAAAAAUA